ACACACUUCAUUAUAUACUAUACUUCACAAAACAAACACAAGCCUCAUUGCUCAAUUUCUUUGCUUCACCAUGGCUUCAAAUGCAGCUGAGGAAGUAGUCAGCGAUUUCACACUGCUCGGGUUUCGAGUAUACAGAGAUGGCAGAGUAGAAAGAUUAAUGGGUACCGAUAUAGUCCCUCCCUCAACCAAUCCAGAAACUGGAGUCCAAUCCAAAGAUGUGGUAAUCGAUCCAGAGACUGGCUUAUCUGCAAGACUCUACAUCCCAAAAACCCCCAACCCAGAUCACAAACUUCCUCUUCUUGUCUACUUCCAUGGUGGUGGCUUUUGCAUUGAAUCCGCCUUCUCUCCCACAUACCAAACCUAUCUCAAUUCACUCGCUGCCAAAGCCAAUGCAGUUGUUGUCUCUGUUGACUUUAGAAGAGCCCCGGAGCACCCUCUCCCAAUCCCGUAUGAUGAUUCUUGGGCCGCUGUCAAGUGGGUUGCUUCUCACUCGACCACUAGUGGUGGCGACGUAUGGCUAAAGGACUAUGUUGAUUUUGAUCGAGUCUUUUUUUCAGGAGAUAGCUCAGGGGGUAAUAUAGCACACAACAUGAGCAUUCGGGUCGGGUUGGAAGGGCUAGAUGGGAUGAAGCUUGUUGGGACUGUUCUAGUCCAUCCAUAUUUUGGAGGAAAGGACCCAAUUGGUGCUGAAUGUAAUAACAUUUUUGGGAAGGAGCUUUCUCACAAACUGUGGCUCUUUGUUUACCCGUCGUCAAGUGGGCAUGAUGACCCGUUAUUCAACCCGGUUUUGGAUCCGAAAUUUUCGAGCUUGGGUUGUAAGAAGGUGUUGGUAUGUGUAGCUGAGCAAGAUAUGUUGAAGGAUAGGGGUUGGUAUUACAAGGAGGAAUUGGAGAAGAGUGGGUGGGGAGGAGUGGUGGAGGUUAUGGAGGCUGUGGGGGAGAACCAUGUGUUCCAUUUGUUUAACCCGACUUGUGACCAAGCUGUGGCUAUGCUGGAGAGAGUGGCUUAUUUCAUGAAUGAAGAAGGAAAAGCUUAGCUGAUUGUGUUGUGUUUUGGACUUUCUUAUUGCUUUGUUACUCUGGUUUUCUAUUUCAUUAUGUGUAUGAUACCUAUUCCUCUCUUCUUCUUCUUUUCUUUUUUCCUUUUUGUUUUUUAAUAAAUAAUUUUGUUGCAUCUAUCAUAUGUUUUGUUACAACAUUGUAUUAGUUAGUAAAAAAAUUAAAUUAUUUGCCUGAAA